GAAGUGCACAGCGCAGUCAGUGCAUGUCUGGCUUUUGGUUUGCGAACACAUUCAUUCACAAUCGACCCAGUUCUUAUAUUUGUUAAACCGUUUGUUAAAAUUCGCAAAAAUAAAAAUUUGCAAAAAAUGCCUUUAAAAAUCAAAAAAGUGUUAGUUAGCGACGCUGUCGAUGCAGCAUGUGUGGAAUUACUAAAGCAACAUGGCGUCGAAGUGAAAUGUCGAACAGGAAUGACGCCUGCGGAGCUUCUGCAGGAGAUCCCUGCUCAUGACGGAUUGAUUGUUCGCUCCGAUACGAAAGUAACACGCGAAGUAAUAGCUGCAGCUACUAAUCUCAAGGUGGUCGGCAGAGCCGGAGCCGGCGUGGAUAACAUCGAUAUACCUGCAGCAAGCGAACGAAAUAUCAUCGUGCUUAAUACACCAGGGGGUAAUUCAAUCAGCGCCUGCGAACUAACGUGUACGUUGAUGGGGUGUCUCGCACGUCAUGUAGUGCCCGCCGGUGCGUCUAUGGUAGCUGGACGUUGGGAUAGAAAAAUCUAUUCAGGAAAUGAAUUGUAUGGUAAAACGCUGGCCGUUUUAGGUUUGGGGAGGAUUGGAUUGGAAGUUGCAAGGCGUAUGAAAGUCUGGGGUAUGACUGUAAUCGGAUUCGAUCCAAUUACUACAAAAGAGCAAGCCGAAUCAGCCGGUGUUACUAAGAUGGAGUUAAACGAGAUUUGGCCUUUGGCUGAUUACAUAACAGUGCACACUCCAUUAAUACCGGCAACCAAGAACUUGGUGAACGCCGAAGUACUUGCAAAAUGCAAGCGCGGCGUGAAAGUCAUAAAUGUCGCUCGCGGUGGAAUCAUAGACGAAGAGGCCGUAUUGAAAGCUCUGGAAUCUGGCCAAUGUGGUGGGGCUGCGUUUGAUGUGUACCGUGAAGAGCCGCCAAAGGAUGAUGUCACUAAACGCUUGAUUGCUCAUCCUAAGGUAAUCGCCACACCACAUCUUGGCGCAAGUACCUCGGAGGCCCAAGUGAGAGUCGCGGUUGAGGUCGCUGAACAAUUCAUCGCUCUUGCCGGCCUGUCAUCGAAGUACACAGACUACAAUGGUGUCGUUAACCGUAAUGUUUUAACAGCGGCUUUGGGCUAAGGCAACUUUUGCAAUCUUUUAAAGGUGCUAUUUUAUUUCAUAUGAUCAUCAAUGUUAUUUUUGUUAAUAAAAUUGUGAACAUAUACGCAAAUCCAUUAAAUUAAACUUUUGAAAAUGUGUUCAUUUAUGUAAUUUUAAUCAUUCAUGUAAUUUAAAUGUGCACACAUUUAUAAAUAAAAAUUUAUA